UUUCAUGUAAUCCUCCAAAUUCCAGAUUCGACAUCUUCGAGCGAACCUAACCAUCGGUUAUUGGGCGACUACAUUGCACCGUAACCGGUAUAUGGCAAACAGCUUCAGCUAUUACACCUCACAGCUGGUGCUAGCCAUCGCACCCGGCGUACCAUACAGCUCCCUCGAACUACUGUUUUGCCCAUUCGCCAACCCUAUCUGGUCGCUGCUGCUCGUCUCGCUAACAAUCGAACUGCUCGUGAUCGGUUUACUGCGCCGCAAGUGUACCGUAGCGCUCCAACGUCUAGUGCUCGGACGUACACCCGCCAGUGCAUGGUACGGCAUGUUAAGCGUCCUGCUAGGGGCCGGCCUACCAAGACCACCGACACGCAACUUUGCUCGCACACUGUUGCUGUGCUGGCUCGCUGGCACACUAGUGCUGCGCAGCGCCUACACCGGCUCAAUGUUUCGGUUUCUGCAGGCGGGCCGCAACCGUACGGUGCCUGAUGAUAUACCGGCGCUAAUAGAGGAAGGGUACAAGCUGUAUAUGUACCGCAACUACAGCUUCGUUUUUGACGCCUACCCAACCAUUAAGGAACGCAUGCGGUUAGUGACAGCGACACAGUUCCGUGAAACGAUCGUUGAACAGCUACAAAUGUCUGGUGCUCCGUUGAGCGUGCUGCUGCCGUUCGAAACCGUCACCUAUAUCAAUCGGAACAUUACCCGGGAAGGACAACUGCUACGCGUCAGUCGGAAGCGGGUGUACGUGUCCAAGCUAGCCAUCUACACGCAGCGAACAUCACCACUGCUCGGGCCACUCAACAAGUUGCUGGAGAUCUUUGUCUCUUCCGGAUUGCUUAACCGUUGGGCUGGCGAAUACCAUCAGUUACAGUUUUUAGUCGACCCGUACAAGUACCGUGGCCGGCAACAAAUCGUUCUCACCGAUAUGGUAGGACCGUUUAUUAUUCUGCUGAUUGGAUUGAGCCUAAGCUCAGUGGCGUUUGUCGCGGAGUUGCUGAUUGAUGUAAACGAAAAUAGAUAAAUAAACGGCUCAUGGUGAGCUGCUGGCCAUGUACGAAUGUAUGG